AUGGUGGAAUCUGCCUUAAAGCAGAAACUCGCGAACAUACCCAAGUUGACGGAUAAAGACAAUAAAAGACUUUACGAACUCUGUGAUGUAUUGAGUGAGGUAGAAGCACUUAAAGAAGAUAAAAAAUAUGCUUUGCUUCUAGCAUAUUUUGACUCCUCUGCAGGCAUCUUACCCGUAUUAAACAAACUGCCACAUUCGAUCCAGGAGAAGUGGACAAACCAUGCCGUGAACUAUAUAAAGAGAAACGAUGUGUCUUUCCCACCCUUUUCAGUGUUUGUAGAAUUUAUGAGAGACAUAAGCAGGGUGAAGAACGAUCCAAGCUUUCAGUAUGGUGGAAUUCAGUCGUCGACAGAAAAACCAUUUGUCUCCAAGACAAAGAACUUUCACGUGACAGCGAAGAAAACAAUUUCUCAACAGGAAGUUCACGAGGAACCAGACAAGGAGUGUCCUCUACAUCGCACAAAGCAACCAUUAAAUGACUGCAGAGUCUUUAGAAACAAGUCAUUAGAAGAAAGAAGAAAAUUUGUGAAAGAAAAUGGCAUCUGCUUCAAAUGUUGUGAAUCAACUAAACACGCUAAAAGGAACUGUCGGAAGGAUAUCAAGUGUACCGAGUGCAACAGUGACACACAUCCCUCUGCUUUACAUGGCACACUUCAGCAAGUAAGAUCCCUCGGAGUGCCCAGAGCUGACGGCGGGGAGGGAGAGAAAAGGGGUGACAUUGUAGACACCAAAUGCACACAGAUUUGUAAAAAUGUCAGUAGCGUCAGCAGAUCAUGUUCCAAAACUGUUCUCGUUAAUGUCUACUGUGAAGGAUUUCCCAACAAUGCAGUGAAACUUUAUGCGAUAAUAGAUGACCAGAGCAAUCGAUCACUUGCAAAAUCAAAAUUAUUUGAUGAUCUGCAGGUCAAGAGCAGAUUAGUGGAUUAUAUCCUCACAUCAUGUGCGGGGUCUGUACCUACUAAAGGAAGACGUGCCACAGGUCUUGUUGUGCAGUCUUUAGAUGGCAGCACCAACCUUAAACUUCCUACUCUCAUAGAGUGUAACAACAUUCCGAAUGUUCGUUCCGAGAUUCCAACACCAGACGUCGCCAGAUCUUAUCCUCAUCUUCAGGACAUUGCUAAAUACAUUCCUAAUUUGGAUGACGGUAGUGAUACUCUGCUUCUUAUUGGUAGAGAUCUCAUGGAGGCACAUCAUGUUUUAGACCAACGCCUUGGUCCCAGGACCACACCUUACGCCCAACGCCUUCGUCUCGGUUGGGUUAUUGUUGGUGAGAGUUGUCUCAACGGAACACACAGACCAGAAGUUGUGAAUGUGAACAAAGUACACAUUUUGGGAAAUGGACGACCAUCUUUGUUUGAACCGUGUGUUAAUGUACUGAAUCUCAAAGAAAGCGGAUUAGACACUUGUGCGCAUUCUGCGUCGUUUAAUACCACAAAGUAUUCAAACUGCAAUAACUCCGAUAUUUUUGUGAAAACAGCUACAGACGAAAAAAUUGCGUUUUCUAUCGAAGACUCCGAAUUCUUAGAGCUUAUGGAUAGUGAAUUCCGAAAGGACUGCGACGGAAGCUGGACAGCUCCUCUUCCUUUCCGGAAAAAUAGACCCAAAUUACCAAAUAACAGAUCUCAGGCGAUGAAACGAGCAAGGAUACUGACAGACAGCCUCCGUAAAAACACUCAGAAAAGGCAGCAUUUCACCGAGUUUAUGGAGAAGAUAUUCAUGGAAGGGCAUGCUGAGCCACUCCCCUUGAUUAACAGUGACAAAGAAUGCUGGUAUCUUCCCUUGUUCGGGGUAUAUCACCCACAAAAGCCAGAUCAGAUCCGAGGCGUUUUUGACUCAUCUGCCAAAUUCAAUAAUAUUUCCCUCAAUGACGUUCUGAUGUCAGGACCCGACCUCACCAACCGUUUGAUUGGAAUACUUCUUGGCUUUCGUCAAGAACCCGUUGCAUUGAUGGCAGAUAUCCAGAGAAUGUUCUACUGCUUCAAAGUUGAAGGAGAACAUAGGAACUACCUUCGCUUCCUAUGGCACAAAGACAAUAACAUUGACAAUGAGAUUGUAGACUUCAGGAUGUGCGUGCAUGUGUUUGGAAACAGCCCGAGUCCAGCAGUGGCAACUUAUGGUCUAAGGAGGACGGCUAUGCUUGCAGAGAAGCAGUACGGCGCUGACAUGAGGGAGUUUGUCAAUAAGAAAUUUAUGUUGAUGAUGCCUUAA